CGCGGGCCGCUAGGGGGCGUCGCGCCGGCUCUGAGGCGGCGGCGGCAGCGGGAUGGUGGAGAAGGAGGAGGGCGGCCCUGGCGGCAUCAGCGAAGAGGAGGCAGCACAGUAUGACCGGCAGAUCCGGCUGUGGGGGCUUGAGGCCCAGAAGCGGUUACGAGCUUCCCGGGUGCUGCUGGUGGGGAUGAAGGGGCUGGGAGCCGAAGUGGCCAAGAAUCUCAUCUUGGCAGGAGUCAAAGGCUUAACCAUGUUGGACCAUCAGCAGGUUUCCCAGGAGGACACUCGAGCUCAGUUCCUCAUCCCAGGGGGUUCCUUGGGUCGCAACCGAGCCCAGGCUUCCCUGGAGCGGGCGCAGAACCUCAACCCCAUGGUGGACGUCAAAGCCGACCCCGAGAGCGUGGAGAGCAAACCCGAGGAGUUCUUCACCCAAUUCGACGCCGUGUGUUUAACCUCCUGCUCCCGUGACCUGAUGGUGAAAAUCGACCAGAUUUGCCACAAAAACAGCAUCAAGUUCUUCACCGGCGACGUUUUUGGAUACCACGGUUACAUGUUUGCCGACCUGGGGGAACACGAAUUCGUGGAAGAGAAAACCAAAGUCACCAAAGUCACCCCGGGGCUGGAGGAUGGGCCAGACACCAAAAAAGCCAAACUGGACUCGGCGGAGACCACCAUGGUGAAAAAACGGGUGGUUUUUUGCCGGCUGAAGGAGGCCCUGGCUGUGGACUGGAGCGGGGAGAAGGCGGCGGCGGCGGCCAAACGCACGGCUCCGGAUUAUUUCCUCCUCCAAGUUCUCUUGAAAUUCCGGACAGAGAACGGACGGGAUCCAUCACCCCAAAAUUAUUCCCGAGACUCGGAGCUGCUGCUCCAGCUCCGCAGGGACGUCCUGGAAUCGCUGGGGGUCGGCGCUGACCUCUUACCGGAUGACUUUGUCAGUUAUUGCUUCUCCGAAAUGGCCCCCGUCUGCGCCGUGGUGGGAGGCGUCCUGGGCCAGGAGGUUGUCAAGGCCCUGUCCCAGCGGGACCCCCCCCACAACAACUUCUUCUUCUUCGAUGGCAUCAAGGGCAAUGGGAUCGUGGAGUGUCUGGGCCCCAGCUGAGGAGGGGGGGGGUCAGUUCCCCCCCAACAAUUUUGGGGGGGCCACGACCUCCCCCUCCCAGUGGUUAUGAGUUAAAUUUGGGGUGCGGUUGUUGUUGUUGUGUGUCUGUGUCCCCCCCACCCAGUUCUCAAUGGUGAGGGGUUUUUUUUUGGGUUAAUAAAGUCUUGUUUUUAAGAA